AUGCCCAUCAGCAGUGGCAGAGGUCAUGUAGGUGUUGCUGUCCCUCCCAAACUGAAGAAACUGAAAAGCCCAAACGUUCAUGUCGGUGAAAAGAUUUCACUGAAAUGUGAGGCAACUGCUGGAAACCCUCAACCGUCCUACAAAUGGUUUAAAGAUGGCAAAGAGCUGAAGAAGAGCAAGGACAUCCGGAUCAAGUAUGGGAAUGGGAAAAAGAUUUCCAGACUGCAGUUCAACAAGGUGAAGCUGGAAGAUGCUGGGGAGUACAGCUGCGAAGCGGAGAACGUUUUGGGGAAAGACACCGCAAAAGGCAGCCUGAAUGUGAAAAGUGUAACCACAACUCUCUCCUCCUGGUCCGGGCAUGCUAGAAAAUGCAACGAAACAGCCAAGUCCUAUUGUGUCAAUGGUGGCGUAUGCUACUACAUCGAGGGGAUUAAUCAGCUGUCUUGCAAAUGUCCAAACGGAUUCUUCGGACAGAGAUGUUUGGAGAAACUGCCUUUGCGAUUGUACAUGCCAGAUCCUAAGCAAAAGCAUCUUGGAUUUGAAUUAAAGGAAGCAGAAGAGCUCUACCAGAAAAGAGUUUUAACCAUCACGGGAAUCUGUGUUGCCUUGCUUGUGGUGGGCAUCGUCUGUGUGGUAGCUUACUGUAAAACCAAGAAACAAAGAAAACAAAUGCAUAAUCAUUUACGGCAGAACAUGUGCCCUGCCCAUCAGAACAGGAGCCUUGCAAAUGGGCCCAGCCAUCCACGUUUGGAUCCUGAGGAAAUCCAGAUGGCCGAUUACAUUUCUAAGAAUGUUUCUGCGACCGAACAUGUGAUCCGAAGGGAAACAGAGACAACGUUUUCAGGAAGUCACUCCUGCUCCCCAUCUCAUCACUGCUCCACAGCCACUCCAACGUCCAGCCAGAGACAUGAAAGCCACACCUGGAGCUUGGAGCGGACAGAGAGCCUGACUUCAGAUUCCCAGUCUGGGAUAAUGCUGUCCUCAGUGGGAACCAGUAAAUGCAACAGCCCUGCGUGUGUGGAGGCACGGGCUCGCCGUGGGGCUGCCUUCUGCAUUGAGGACUCGCGGAGGCCCAUGACGCAGUAUCGUGACUCGGUGGAUUCUCUGCGGGACUCACCGCACAGCGAGAGGUACGUGUCGGCCCUCACCACACCAGCACGCCUGUCGCCUGUCGACUUCCACUACUCGAUGCCUGCGCAGGUGCCCACCUUCGAGAUCACCUCCCCCAACUCAGCGCAUGCCGUCUCCCUGCCGCCGGCGGCCCCCAUCAGCUUCCGCGUGGAGGAACAGCAGCCCCUCCUGCGGCGGUACCAGCUCCACUUCCAGGACACGCAGAGGUACGACAGCUACUACCAAAGGAAGACCUACCUAAACGACAGCAUGGGGAGCCUGCCCUCCAGCCCCUUCCGCAUCACGGAGGAUGAUGAGUACGAGACGACGCAGGAGUAUGUCACAGCGCUAGAGCAGCCAAAGAAAACAGCCAGCAGCAACAGGCGGUGGAAAAAAUCCAAACUGAACGGGCACGUCCCUCACAGAGCCAGAGCCGUCCGGGACUCCUUCUCCUUGAGCAGCGCCUCUUACAGCGAGUCUGAUGAGGAGCUGGUGGCCGAGAGCACCCCCUUCCUAAGCACUCAGAACAAUGAGGCGGCGCACACAGAGUCGCCCCCGCUCCACCGGCCAGGUGACAGCCGGACUCACUACUCCUGCAGCAGACACAGCGCUCACGGGGAGAGUGGGCGCAGCAGCCUGGUGCACACAACGCCCAAACCGGACCCGGAUCCUCUCUAG